ACUCCCUUCCAAAGUUCCAGCGUCCGCUCCGUUCCCGUUUCUUCUCCCCAAGAAGUCAUCGGUAAACGGUCUCUUUUUUCUUUUGCCCCCUUUCCAUUUCCAUUGCCAGGGGAGAAGGGAGGGCAUGGCGAACUACGGCGCCAUGCUGCGGCGGUCCGGCCUGGCCCACGCCACGGCGGCGGUGGCGGAGCGCGCCCGCUCCACCCGCAAAGCCCUCUCCCGCUUCGCCCGCCCCCAGGCCUUCGCCUGCCCCGCCGACGCCGAGGCCGCCGCCGUCCGCGCCGUCCGCAACAUCGCCUACUUCCGCCUUCACUACGCCCUCGUCCUCUGGAUCCUCCUCCUCUCCACUCUAGCCCCCUCCCGCCGCGCCUCCAUGCUUUUCCUCAUGGCCGCCUCCAAGGUCGCCCUCUUCUACGGCGUCCUCCUCCGGGCCGUCCCUAACUCCGUCCUCCUCCGCCGGAUCCUCGACCGCCGGCUCGUCCUCGCCCUCUUCGUCAUCGUCAUCGUCGUCGAGCUCGCCCUCACCGACGCCAUCCAGCACCUCCUCCUUGCCCUCGCCAUCGGCGUCCCCCUCGUCCUGCUCCACGCCGUGUUCAGGGUCAGGGACGAUCUCGUGGCCGGCGACGAGGCCGCGGCCGCGGUCGACGCGGCGCCGCUCUCGGAGAAGAAGGAGAAGGAGGAUGCCGAUCUCGAAUCUGGAUCCAAGUGAUCGGCUCGGCGACACGGUUAAAUUUUACAUAUAAAAAUACGUUUUACUUCUUUUCAAUAUAAGUUUUGGAUAGUUAUUAAUUUGGCCGGAUGUUUGGUGAUGACUAGUGGGGCUCUAAUAUAUGAAUUUUUUAUGAGCUAAUCAUUUUUAUCUUCAAAUUAUAGUCACUAAUUAAUCAACGUUGAGAUGGCUUGGUGUACUUUGUUUUUGGUAUUGUCCAUUUGUUGGCAAUGCUUAUAAAUGGUUGCCAACUCAUAGCUU